UACGCAAUGACGUCAUUUGACAGUUUUGGGAGGCGAGCUUCUUGACGGUGGAACAAAGUGAAAGCACAGCGGAUGUUUUAUGUGCAACAGCCUACUAAACAAGUGACCGGGGCAGCUAUAGCAGGGCAGAAAUUUGACGAACUGACUUGUUGGACGGUGCCACGUUGAAAGUCUCUGAGCUCUUCAAGUUUUCCCAAUACACCUGCCACGCAACCACCCAACAGUCUUCACCGUGACACCUAAGAGCACGCCACACUGGCAGCAAUGUCUUAUAGUAAAGCAGACAGCUAUCGCACCCAGCCACGGGACUCCAAUACCCUCAUCCAGACAUGCAGCUCAAACAUCCAGAAGAUCACACAGAACACUGCUCAGAUAAAGAGCAUGGUGAAUCAGCUGGGGACGAGACAAGACACAAGCGAACUGCAGGACCGUCUGCAGCACAUACAGCACUUUACAAACCAGCUGGCCAAGGAGACCAACAAGCACCUGAAAGACCUGGGCUCCGUCUCACUAUCUUCAGCACCUUCAGAGCAGAGGCAACAGAAGAUCCAGAAGGACCGGCUGAUGAAUGAAUUCUCCGCUGCCCUCAACAACUUCCAGGCCGUACAGCGCCAGGCAGCACAGAAGGAGAAGGAGUCUGUGGCCAGAGCCAGAGCUGGUUCCCGUCUCUCUGCUGAAGAUGGUGCCUCUGAGGAACAGCUUGUGUCUUUUGAUAACCAAGAAGAUUGGGGUCAGACAACCACACAGACGACAGAGGAGGCCAUAACAGAAGAGGACUUGGAGCUGAUCAAGGAGAGAGAGACCAACAUCAGACAGCUGGAGUCGGACAUCUUGGAUGUGAACCAGAUCUUCAAGGAUCUAGCAGUGAUGAUCCAUGAUCAGGGAGAGAUGAUUGACAGCAUAGAGGCCAACGUGGAGAGUGCUGAGGUCCACGUAGACCGAGGGACAGAACAGCUCCAGAGAGCCUCCUACUACCAGCAAAAGUCCCGUAAGAAGAUGUGCAUUCUGGCUAUGGUCUUGUCCAUAGUACUGACCAUACUAGGCAUCAUCAUCUGGCAAGCCACCAAAUGAGAAGAGAGACAGACAACCCUCCUCUCUUUCACAUCUUUAUUUAUUUAAUUCCCCCACCCAACCUGAAACACCAGCCCGGGAUGGAUCCCCACCCAACCUGAAACACCAGCCCGGGAUGGAUCCCCACCCAACCUGACACACCAGCCCGGGAUGGAUCUCCUCCGACCUGACACACCAGCCCGGGAUGGAUCUCCUCCGACCUGACACACCAGCCCGGGAUGGAUCUCCUCCGACCUGAAACACCAGCCCGGGAUGGAUCUCCUCCGACCUGAAACACCAGCCCGGGAUGGAUCUCCUCCGACCUGAAACACCAGCCCGGGAUGGAUCUCCUCCGACCUGAAACACCAGCCCGGGAUGGAUCUCCUCCGACCUGACACACCAGCCUGGGAUGGAUCUCCUCCGACCUGAAACACCAGCCCGGGAUGGAUCUCCUCCGACCUGAAACACCAGCCCGGGAUGGAUCCCCUCCGACCUGAAACACCAGCCCGGGAUGGAUGCCCGGAGCGAUGCCCAGCCAUCUCACUGUUGCCAGGGUCAGGGGAGUGGCAUCAGGGCGAAGGGAUGGGUCUGGGAUAUGUAACCUGACACUCCCUACCUGAGCUCAAGGCCUCCAGCUAAAUUCCUGUCUCAUUUACCCUGAGACAAGGCAGUAGUAUUUCUAUUCAAAUGAAGGAGAGUAUUGGAGUAAAAUGGGGCGAGAGAGUGUGGAUUAAUAUAAAAAAUAUUCAGUUUAAUUCUACUUGUGAUAUUUACUACACUAACAUUAAUUUUAUUUCCAAACACAUAAUACAUAAUUGUUGUUAUAUCAUUGUUGAUGAACUAUUAUAUAUCAAUUGGGGACGGACACCGAUAUGGGAAAAAAAAUCAAACUGUUGUUUUUGUAAAUUCAUCUCUGGGUUUUGUAGGGAGAUAAAUGAUUUUGGUAACCUGUACAUUUCCUGCACCUUUCUGGUAUGUAAAACAGUUUAGAGUGCCACACUCCAUUCAAGUUAUAGGAGAGGUUUCCUGAACACAGAUUGAGCCUCGAUGGCGAUUCUGCAUUGAUCUUGCAUUUUAGUCCAGGACUAGUCUUAAUCUGUGUCCGGGAAAACCACCCCAUAGUCCUUAUAUUGCUCAGGUGAGAUCAGGUUCUGAUAGUGAACCUUUUUUUUUUAUCCAACUGUCUACAUGAUAAUAACAAACUCUCUGGUCGUAAUAAACACAUUUAUUAACACUGUUGAAGAGCAAACCUCUUAGCAGUUUCCAAAACACCGAAUUAAGCUUCAAAUUAUUUGUAAUUACGUUUCCGGCACCUUGACCAACCAUCCGCUCAAUAAUUUUAUUUUUUUUAAUCAUCCCGCGGUUCAAAUCUAGUUUAUAAUCCCUGUCGUAGAUGGUGUUGACUGGAUACGAUGACCAUAGUUGUUGAUGUGCUGUAAAACUUCAUUUAUGACUGAUGUUCUCGUUAUGAUGCACAUUUUUUUGUAAUAUAUUACAAUCUUGGACUACAAACCCAUUAUAAUGACAAUAUUAUAUCUGUUAAUUGCAACCAUAGUUUUAAAAACAAAACAAAAGUAAUUGUCAACUUGUUUUAUUGAGAUCUAUGGCUUCUAUCAAUAUGCUUAAAUAAAAACUCUUAAAUACAA